UGCAGAAAGCGACCAAUGAGAUCCACAGUACCGGCGACACUUGAAAAGCAGGGCGUAACUUUUGAGGCAACUUUCGCAGUAAGUUUGAGAGCAGCUCCUCCUCAAGCUUAUAUGUGCGGGCGAGCAAAGCAGACUCUUUACUGUUCUGGCUCGGCACUGCGCGGUGGGAGAAGAAGAUUCGCAGCAAAAACACAACGAGGAACUCAUCCUUCCUUCUCCGAGUUUCAGACCACAUCUGAGACUAGCCUUUUUUGUUCCGUAUCUCUUGCACAAAUUCUAAGCCAGUGGCAAACUAAACUCCUUCGCAUCCAAAGGCUCCAGGUCGGUCCUCAAAUGAGAGAUCAUCUGCGACUGUCUUCUUCUGAAGAAACAGAAAUGUCUGCGACCAUCCUGUCCGCUUUCUACGACAUCGACAUGCUGUAUAAGCAGGAGAAGAGCCUCAAUAUGAACGCCAUACAUAUUAACAGCAUGCUGGAUAAGAAAGCUGUCGGGGCCCCGGUAACAACCUCCAGCAGCAGCAGCAACAACUGCAACUCGUAUGCGUCAGGAUUCUUCCGUCGAAACUCCACCAGCAACAUGGAGUCCAUGACAAACGGCAACAAGUACCCCGCCAGCUCCUACAGCAGCAUGAAGGAGAACGCCAUCAUGAAUAAGGAGAACAAGUUUCGCGACCGCGCCUACAGCGAGAGCGGCCAGCAGCUGCAAGGGCUGCAGCAGAAGCCGGGCUCGCAGAUCAACUCCACCCGCUACAAGACGGAGCUCUGCAGGCCCUUCGAGGAAAACGGAGCGUGCAAGUACGGCGAGAAGUGCCAGUUCGCGCACGGCUACCACGAGCUGAGAAGCCUGUCUCGCCACCCGAAGUACAAAACCGAACCCUGUCGCACUUUCCACACCAUCGGCUUCUGCCCGUACGGCCCGCGCUGCCACUUCAUCCACAACGCCGACGAACGCAGACCAGCGCCGAGCAACGCCAAAAGCAUGCAGGGAGAGUCCACCAAGUCCGUCCGGGGGGAGUCGGUGUGCGGCUACGGGCAGCAGCACCAGCAGGCGGCGGGAGCCUUCAGGGAGCGACCGAAACUCCACCACAGCCUCAGCUUCUCGGGUUUCUCCAGCCACCACCACCACCACGGACUCGACUCGCCCCUUCUCGAGAGCCCCACGUCCCGAACCCCCCCUCCCCCUUGCUCCAAUCGUUCCUCCUGCGCCACUAAUUUCUACGAAGACGUUCUCUCGUCGACUCGCAACAGUGCCUUCUCUUUCCCCGGCCAACACCUCAAAGCCCUGCUCGCGCCGCUGGCCGUGCACACGCACAACGGUUAUUACGGAAACCUUCAGGUCAACAUGGGCGACGGCCUCGGCCACUUGCAGUCCCUCCAGCGCCUGUCAGAGUCGCCGGUGUUCGACUCGCCCCCCAGCCCGCCUGACAGCAUCUCGGACCGGGAGAGCUACGCCAGCGGCUCGCUCAGCUCCUCCGAAAGUCUCAGCGGCUCUGAGUCUCCCAGUCUGGACGGCGGGAGGCGUUUGCCCAUCUUCAGCAGGCUGUCGAUUUCCGAUGAUUAAUCCGCUUUUUUUUUUAGUGGGCUCGAUAACGGAGCAGUCUCCCGCUAGAUAUGUAGUUCAGCUCAGCAAUAGACUUUAAUAUCGAGGGAGAUGGAUUUGUUUGUCAGACGCCUGACACGGCAUUAGUCUGUUUGAACUGCUUUGAAGGCAUUCCACCGGUGCAGUUUGUUGCAUUCUCUUGGUCUUUUUGGACCACCUACUUUCCACAUUUGUACAAAAGACUUUUUUUUUUAUGUGAAAGACAGAUUGGUUUCAGAUUUUCCUUUAUCCUUGCCAAGAAUAUGCCUUGACAAAACGUAUACUAGUUUUCAAAGUAUGUACAUCCAUUCCAAAAGUUCUCCAGUUUCGCGGCGCCACCCAGUGGUUUGGUUGGUUUGUGCAGUUUGAAGCUCUCUCCUUUGGCUUGUUGGGAAAUCACUGCUGAUGGUUGAAUAUAUCUUUUUU